AUGGUGAUAGAAGGGUUCUGGAAGGAGAAACACCACAUGGUUGAACCCUAUGGACCUGCCAAGAUCAGCAAGGCCAACAUUGCCAAGGCUAUUGCCCAUGCUGCUGUGUCUGUGGCCAUGUCAAAUGCUUUCAAGCACAGUGAUGCUUAUGUGUCCAGUGUCCCCAAGCACAGCAGCCUAAAAGAAAAUCCCUCCACUGUGAUAGAUGGAGUGUUGCUGCCAAAGACUCCAGAAGAGAUCCUGGCUGAGAAGAGCUUCAACACUGUCCCCUACAUGGUGGGCAUCAACAAGAAAGUGUUUGGCUGGAUGGCUCCAAUGAUGAUAGUUGAUCUAUUCUCUGAAGAAAAUAUGGAUGAGAAAAUGGCCAGUUCCCUCGUGUGGAAGUUCCACUCUGUCCUUAACAUCCCUGAGAAUAUGAUUCCAGCAGUCACUGAGAAGUAUUUGGGACAAACAGAUGACCUUGUCAAAAAGAAAGACCUUCUACUGGACCUGUUUGGAGAUGUAUUUGUGGGUAUCCCAUCUGUUCUCAUGUCCCGUGGCCUCAGAGGUGAGUCUUAUGUGUGGAAUGGAAGGACAUAGACAAUAACAAGUCUCUACCUUUUUCAAUAUCGGCCAAGCUUCGUAUCUGAAAAGAGACCCAAGAUGGUGAUAGGAGACCACGGUGAUGAAAUCUUCUCUGUAUUUGGGGCUCCAUUUUUAAAAGGGGGCACUUCAGAAGAGGAGACCAACCUCAGCAAGAUGGUGAUGAAAUACUGGGUCAACUUUGCUAGAAAUGGGAAUCCCAAUGGGAAGGGGUUGCCACACUGGCCAGAGUAUGAUCAGAAGGAAGGGUACCUGCAGAUUGGAGCCACCACCCCGCAAGCCCAGAGACUGAAAGGGGAGGAAGUUGCUUUCUGGACUGAACUCCUGGCUAAGAAGGCACAUCAAACAGAACACACUGAGCUAUGA